UGGAUGCAACCACUCAGCCGAUUUCUGCUGGCAGCCAGCCGCUAUGGUCGUCCGAACGCACCCAAUUACAAGCAUCUACAGACCGAGCGAGUCUCGUAAAUUGCACGGCUUCGAGCCACGCUUCACGCAACCGUAUUUGCGUACUUGUGUUUUGAGUUGUGUGGUCGUGCUCUGGUCGAGUGGAGUUUUACCAAAUUUAAAUAUAAUCGUUUCUACUGAUUCAUAAUUAUGUAUGUAUACUACACUCCUGGCCAAAAAAAAUGGGACACCUUAAAAUUGGGUCAUUUUUGAUGUAUCGAAUCUCCUAAACCUGUUGUCCGAUUUUAAUGAUUUUUUUAAUAUGUUAUAGCCUUUCAGUUGAAGAGGAGUCCAACUCCUCGGUACCUUUCUUAGAUACUUUAGUGGUUAGAACUGACAGUAAUUUGAUUUGCCUUGAUUGGUAUCGAAAAAACACUAAUUCAGGGAGAUUUAUUCCAUAUAAUUCCUAUCAUCCUGAAAAACAGAAAAUUAAUGUUGUUCUAGCAAUGAAAAAUAGAAUUACUAACAUUUGUCAUCCGAAAUUUGUUGAUAAGAACGUUAAAAUUUUAUAUGAUACAUUGUUAAGUAACCAAUAUCCAAAGAAAUUACUUAACAAAUUGUUAUUCUCAAAUCAUAUUGUAAACAAUGAUGCUAAUCGCAGUGUUGAUCAGGUUGAUAUUCCUGUGAGAUAUGGUAAACUACCUUUUCUUCAAAAUCUAACUAGAUCACUCAUUGGUUUGUUUAGUGGAUUCAAUAUAAAAAUAGCUACAUACAACCUAAAAACACUCAACUUGUUUUAUAGCCGACUAAAAGAUCCUACACCUACCUUACAACGGUGCAACGUAGUAUAUGGCAUCCCAUGUGAAUGUGGCUUAGUGUAUAUUGGUCAAACCGGCCAACGAUUAAACAAAAGAUUGUCCCUUCAUAAAAGUGAUUGCAAACUUAAACCGCAAUCUACAAGUCUCAGCAUUCAUGUCAAUAGUAAAGACCACAGAGUUCUUUAUAAUGAUGCAUUCAUCUUAGAUGUAUCUGAUAAAGAUUUCCAGCGAAAAAUACUUGAGAUGUGUUACAUUUACAACGCCAAAAAUUCCAUCAAUCACAAAAAGGAUGUGGAUAAUUUAAGCACCAUCUAUACGUUCCUGCUUAAACAAAAUAUUUCGGGAACCAAAAAAUUGCCGGCCAUAUAUGUGAGUGACAUAGUUUAGAUUUUUAACUAUUGUAAUAUAGUUCCAAAACACAAAAUCUAACAUAAAAAUACCAUAUCUUCAUUAUAAUUAAAAAAUGUUGUUAUCUGCAUUUUUGUUGGCCUUAUCAGCGCUGUUUUAAUAAUAAUUUUAAGUUUUUAUUUACCUGUUUUGAAAUUUUUAAUCUUUUAAAUCUAAUGUUAUUUAUUUGUUUGUAAUAUUUACGUUUAAUUGUUUGUAACAUUGUACUAUUUAUCGUUUUCAUAAUAUGUAUUUUAAAUUAUCCCGCUAUUUCAUAGAACUAGUGUCAUUACACCGUUGGUAAUUGCUAAUUAAUUAUAUCGUUUUAAACAACCAUGUAUUUCGAAUAAAAUUGUUGGUUAGGUGUUGUUUGUAUAUACUUAGAUCUAUUAUGAAUUUUAAAAAUAUGUUGUGUAUAUACAUGUACAUUGUUACUAGUUUCUUUGUCUUCCACCCAAAUCCCUGAGUAUUUUGCUAUUAUUUGGUUACUCUGAUGAAGUCUAUAAGCAUAGACGAAAGCUUAGACCAUUAAUAAAAAGGCACAUCCUACGAA